AACGCGCCUCCCAUACUUCUCUCUCACAAAACACUCUUCCCUUUUCUCUCGGACAUGUCCUACGACGCUUCCUCCUCCACCUCUCCCCGCCCGCCUACCUCACUCUCUCCCGACCAAGAACUCUCCGUCAUCGUCGCCGCACUCACCAACGUUGUCCUCGGCUCCACCCCCGAUCUCACCCACCAAUUCAACUUGCCCCAUAUCGCCGCCGCCGCCUCCGCCGAGAACACCGUCCACCAUGCCAACAACACCGCGCCAGACCUUACUGUCAGCACCAGCUGCCCUGAUUUCGUGUUCGCCUCCUGCUCCGGCUGCAAGCUUGUACCAGAAGAGAAGGCCAAAAAUGUCGGCAACAGACAGCCGCAGAAGAGGGCGAAGAAGCAGUACAGAGGAGUGAGGCAGAGGCCCUGGGGGAAAUGGGCGGCCGAGAUUCGAGACCCGAGAAGAGCUACCCGGGUCUGGCUGGGAACGUUCAAGACGGCGGAGGAAGCAGCUCGCGCGUAUGAUAAAGCGGCCAUCGAGUUCCGUGGGCCCCGCGCCAAGCUGAACUUUCCUUUCUGUGAUGACUCGCUGCUGAAUUUGCAUGACAGUCAGCUGCCGGAAGCUCCUCCGGUGACGGCGCCGCCAGGGACAGCGGGGUCGGAGUCGGAGCAGGGGAAUACCGAGAAUCCGAGCAGCGGAACGGAUGCAAUGAUGUUUGAGGAUGGUGAAUUCUGGGAUAGGAUUGGAAAAGCAGAUUUGGAAAAGUGGAUGAUGGAUUUUGCCGCCGGAGACUCUUCGGACUCCGCUCCCGGAACUACUCAGAGCUGGUGAAUUAUUGAAUAAAUUGGCUCGUGGCCAGAAUAAACAGUGUGUUUAAUUAAUGAGUCAUGCCUUAGGGAAGCUAGCGGGCUCGUCUUCACUGGUGGAGCAUCCAGAUUUUGACGGGACUGUUAGAUUUAAAAUAUUAUUAUAUUUUUUUAAAUUUAUAUUUAUUAAAAUAAAAAUUAUAAAAAUUUGUAAUAUAAUUUUAAUGCUUUUUUUUAUUUUUAAUGUGAUUUAGAUUUAAUUUAAAGAGUUAAAUUUAAUAUUAAAAUU